AUGCACAAGUACAGCACAGCUGGUUUAUCACACAGGGAAACUUGUACAGGGUGUAAUGGGGCCCAGACUUUAGCGGAUCAGCAGAUCAAAGAACUAGGUCCCGUGGAUGUCGGACGUCGGUUCCUCGUCGACGCCACAUUGGGAAGACGGUGUCGCCAGGUUCCCGCCCGAGAUCCCAGUACAAGAAGAGUAUUUUAUUACUUCAACGCAUUCAUGUCUUAUGUCGUGAUUAUCUGUGCUUGUAACACUAAGGAUACGCGUGUCACCAGAGCCGUCAUCACUCACGAUAUCAUUCACGACAUCAUUCACGACAUCAUUCACGACAUCAUUCACGACAUCAUUCACGACAUCAUUCACGAACUUCUGAAAGACGGAGGUCGUCUACUUCCAGAUCCAGAAGUGAUCACCCACGUAGUUUUAGACCUGGAAGAGACCAUUCUCGUGGUCGACCGACCACUGUGCGAGCUCACACUUUUAACAGUCAGUCAAACAGGCGAAGACCGCAUUAGUGUGGGACCACCUACCAAUCCCUCAAUACCCCUCACCCAGCAUUUCCCCGUCGCCCCUCCUUAUGAUAUCAGCGGAUCGAGGGCGGAUCAUCUGACGGUUUCCAUGACUAACCGAAGAUAUCCAUCGAGUCGUAGACAAAGUCCGACACCGUCGACGACAAGAACGUUUCACGGGACCUCGGAGAAAACGAGGGACGAUUCUCGUAAUCGUCAAUUUCAUGAUGGACAUACCACAACUGGUCUACGUCCGGCCACGCCUGUGGGUAGAAGGGUUCUCGUCAGUCAUUCUCGCGGGGUUUCGAAUGUUAUUCUGUCCGAGACGACAAUCAGUCGUGAUUCACACAUCCUCGAAGUGCUUUCAGCAUGA